GUGUCUCUGAGGGACAUGGGACAGUACCAGGUGAAAGCUGAGAACCAGCACGGAGCCAUGGCCUGCUCCAUGUGCCUCGGGCUCGCAGAGUCUCCCCAGUUUGAGGACAUUAUGGAGGAUGUAGAGAUGUAUGUGGGAGAGACGGGCCGACUGGAGGUCAGACUGUUCGGCAAGCCUUUCCCCAACAUCACAUGGCUCAAGGGUUCUGAGGAACUUCCCCAGGAGAAGCGAAUUGUAAGGACCCGUAACGAGGAGGAGGUUGUCCUGACUAUCAACAGCGCAGUCCUGUCAGACACAGGAGUCUACACCUGCACGGCUAAAAACAUCUCAGGGGAAGUCUCCUGCAAGGCACAAGUCACUGUUUCUCCUGUGCCUGAGUCCACAGAGACAGAAGAUGAGGAGACUUGUUGGACAAAAAUCCACACCAUCCGGGAACAGUACAGAAUACACGAGGAGCUGGGCAAAGGCGCCUUUGGCGUCAUCAAGCGCGUGACCAACCGCAAAACGGGAAAGAAGUUUGCGGCAAAGUACAUCCGCUACAAGCCGCACCGCAAGGCCGACAUCCAGCGAGAGGUCACAGUCAUGGCCAAACUGGAGCAUGCUGGGAUUGUCCAACUGGCGGAAGCAUUCCUGGAGACCAAGUUCGUUGUCAUGGUGAUGGAAUAUGUUGCUAUGGGAGAACUGUUGGAGCACCUUGUGAAGGUACCAGACCUGUGUGAAGCCGACAUGGUGCAGUACCUGUCACAGCUGCUAGAGGCACUGCAGUACAUACACAGCAAGGACAUCGUCCACUUAGACAUCAAGCCUGAGAACAUUCUCCUGACCAAGUCAGAGGCAGGGCAGGUGAAGCUGUGUGACUUCGGGUUGUCGCGGCAACUGACCCCGGACACGCCCGAGACCUGCAGGUUUGGGACACCCGAGUUUGUCGCCCCGGAAACUGUUGCCAAGGAACCCGUUGCCCUGACGACAGACAUCUGGAGCACAGGGGUUCUUCUUUACGUUUUGCUGAGUGGUGUGUCCCCCUUCAUGGGUAACAACGACAAGGAGACCUACACGCGAGUGAAGGCCGGACGCUGGGCAUUCGACCAGAAAAUCUUCAACCACAUCUCCAACGAGGCCAAGGACUUCAUCACCAAGAUGCUCGUGGUCGAUCCUAAGAAGAGGCCUACGGCAAGUCAGUGUCUGGAAGACGUCUGGAUCAAGACGCCAGUUUCUAAAGACACAGCAGCUAAGAUCAGCGCAGAUCGUCUCAAGUUCUUCCACUCCAGACGGAAAUGGCAGAAAUCGUUGAUCUCCGUUGGAGCUCCGCUGAAGAUGCGGCCGAUCUCCCAGGUCCUGUCGGCGGCGGGAGGGUCCCAGUCUCUCGGCAUCAAGCGCGGCCCAAACGACAGCGAUUCACCACUCUCAUCGGAAGCAGAGUCCACAGACAUCGAGGCUCUCACAUCUGAGGCUGACACAGUAGACACCGACAGUGAUCGCGGGCCCUCCCCUAUCCCCGGGAGACGCCCCCUACAACCACCACCCGGUACUGCAGCGGACAGGUUACCAAAGAAACCAGAGAAACGGGACAUCCCCAAACCUCCACAGCUGGUCAUCCGCAGACCUUCGUUAUCAGAUAGUGAUGAAAACCCCCUUAGUCCACCGCUAAGCCCACCCCUACAGAGAGAAUGGGACAAACCGAAAGGUCAGGAGAGGUCGCCCAAACGGCGGCCGCGGAGUCCAAGUCCUCGCAGAGGAAGGAGGGAAGAAAAGAGAGAGGAAAAGGAGGGAGGGAAGACCCAGGGAGAAAGGACCCUCAGGCCUCCCCACUUAAGAAAGUCACGCUCUUUCGAGGGUGACCGUUCUCGGUCCGAAGAUAAAACAAAGAAAUUGUCACCAAAAUCCAUCAAAAAGAGCGACUCAACAGAAGAUUUACGGAAAAGAUCAAAGGAGAAGCCUCGGCCAAUGAGAAGGUCCCAUUCCGCGGACCGUUAUCUGUCGUCCCGCGGUAUCGAAUUACCGGCAAAGGAGGGGGAGAAUCUCGUCCACAUGUUACGCCGGAUGGCUUCAACCGAGAAACCUUCCCAGCUGGAAACUUUGCCGGAGGAUUCUGCAGAGGAGGGGCCGACCCCUGGGUCGCGCAGGGUCGUCGGGUCAGAGGUCAGGUCAGAGGGCAUGACCCGGCCGCCCCCACGGGUGCUGUGGACGGUGGGACAGGAGGAACUGAAGACGGACAAGAAGAAGGAGGAGGGAGGGAGUGAGGAUACCCAGGAUGGAGGAAUGCGUGACCUGGACACGUCAGAGCGACCCAGACUGAAGCGGGGGAAGUCUGCGGAGGAGAGGCUGCGGAUCGGAGACAGUCGGGACACCGAGGAGCGGCGGAGACGACUAAAGAAGUCUGGGAGCGCCGAGGCUGCACUCACCACGUCUUCAGACGAUGAGAAACCACGAGGAGAGGUUGCCAGGGACGACCGCGGCCGGGGGGUCAGACGGCCCGGGAAGCUGAGAAGAGCAGUCUCCGCUGACGCCGACAUCUCCAGGCCACUCGAACUCAGGAAGCAGUCUUCAUCAGUGCGUAUGCCCGAGGAAGACUCCAUCACAGCGAGACAGACGUCUCUCCGGCUCACACCGUCUCACCAGGACGGGGACGCCACACCUGACAGCCGAACACCUGACGGCCGGGCGCUCAGGAGGAGUUCAAGUGAGGACAUCUCCAGGGGAGGGGUCACCUUGCUAACCAGAGGUCUGUCUGUGGACAGUGCGACCGUGAGGCGGCCUGUACGAGGAGAGUCACUGGACAGCUCACUGCGCCCGGGCAUGUGGCGAGGACGAUCGUUUGACCGGCCCAAGCUGCUGUCUCCAACCAGCAUCCCCAUGCGGGGAUCAGGCGUGGAGGAGUUUGCUCCUGUGUUCAGAGAGAAGUUAAAAGACGAGGCGAUCGCUGAAGCCUGCCCUGUGAUCCUGACAUGCCUGCCUGCAGGCAGCCCACAGCCUACUGUACAAUGGUUCAAGAACAACGAACUGAUCAUUGAGAGCGAUCGGAUUAAGCUCUCGUCUGCAGACGAUGGGAAACACACGCUGCACAUCCCACAGGUGCAGCUGGGCAAGGAUGUGGGAGUGUUCACCUGCACUGUGAGCAACAAACUCGGCACUGCCUCAACUUCAUGCAGACUACACGCUGCUAGGCCUCCAGGGAAGCCGAACCCCCCAGAAGUGAUGCAGGUGACCUCGGACGCGGCGGUGGUUGCCUGGGAACCACCAAUCACAGGCGCGCGUGACACCCUGCUGUCGUACAUUCUACAGUACAGGAAAGAGGGAGAGACCCUCUGGGUAACUGUAGGCACAGAUGUGCGAGAGGAGGUUCUGCUAGUGGAAGGCCUGGAGCCGGGCAAGUCCUAUCGCUUCCGUGUGGCCUGUGGGAACCGGGCAGGCUACGGACCCUUCAGCAAGUCUUCUAAGAGAGUCCAAACAGCUCAAGAAGGAGGUCCCAUCAAGGUGCGUAAGGUGGACAAGCGGGUGGGGCUGAAGCGUUCCCACACCAUCGUGGAGCUUCAGCCGGCAACCGACCGCAUCAUGCUGAAGGACACCAUACCUCAGAAACAGUACAACUUCGAGGAGGAUGUGGCCAGAGGUCGUUAUGCAGUUGUGAAGAAGUGUGUUGACAUCAUCAGCUCUAAGGAGUACGUGUCAAAGGUCAUCCCCAUCACACCUGUCAACAGAUUAGAGAAGCUGAGGGAGUAUGAGGCACUGUCCAAACUCAGGCACAGCAAAGUUCUGGAGCUUCGCGAUGCCUUCAUCACGUCCAAGUACCUGAUCCUGGUGUCUGAGAAGUACUACGGAGGAGACGUGCUGCGUUACCUGGCAACCAAACCUCACUACAGUGAGGAGGAGGUGGCUCAGUUCAUCACACAGGUGUUGGAGGCCCUCCACUACCUGCACACACAGAAGAUCGUGCAUCUGGAUGUGAAGCCGGAUAACCUGCUACUGGAGAGCAGAAGGAGGAUGGACGUCAGACUCACGGACUUCGGCUGUGCCAGAACCUUCCCCAGCAAGACUCUGGGAGAGCUGCAGAGCACACCUGAGUUUGUGGCCCCUGAGGUGGUGAACUAUGAAACAGCAGGUCCGGCUGCAGACAUCUGGAGUGUCGGAGUCCUGGCCUUCCUGUGCCUGAGUGCCCACUCCCCAUUCCUAUGUCGGUGUAGUACCAACAGUUUUCACUAG